CCUCCUAGCGGUUCGUUGUGAAACUGUGGUUUACGUCUCUCUCUCUCUUGUCGGUCUCGUCUCCGUGAGACACCGGCUCACCAUAUGCCUCCCAAAACAAGACACAGUGAAGCAUCGCGAAUUAUUUUAACAUAAUUAGGAAGAUAACAGAACGGACAUCAAGCCAGGUGCGUUAUUCACAGUCAAGCCAGCUAGCUAGCUUAGCUAACUCUGCCAUGGACCCGCGAGACACAGCCCCGGAUUCGUGGGAGCAGGAGGAGGAUGCCGAGGCCCGAGACGCCGCGGGACUCCAGUCCGCUCUCGCCGCUCUCAACGUCAAUGCCAAGCCGUUUGUUCCGAAUGUCAACGCGGCGGUGUUUGUACCGACCUUUUUUCAAAGCAGCCUCACGGAAAUCCCAGUAUCCGACGGUCACGGUGCUGAGACAGUUGCCAGCAUGGAGCUGUCAGAAACAGUUGCUCCAGUGGAGAAUGGAGGAGGGACAGAAGCAGACAUGAUGGUGGAGACGUGGGAGCAGAAAGAGGAGCCCGGGGAAGGAGAACCAGGAGGAGGGGGAGCCCUGGGAGGAGAGGGGGGUUCCAGUGAGGUGGUGCAGGGAAAGGAGGAGGAGGAGAUGAUGGAAGAGGAAGAGGAGGAGGAGCUGCCCAUGCUCAAAGUAAUCCCCCUCCCACCAGACGCCCCGAAGAAGGAGCAUGUCAAUGUGGUGUUCAUCGGGCAUGUGGAUGCUGGUAAAUCAACUAUUGGAGGUCAGAUCAUGUAUUUGACAGGAAUGGUGGAGAAAAGAACCCUGGAGAAAUAUGAAAGAGAAGCCAAAGAAAAGAACAGGGAAACAUGGUACCUGUCCUGGGCUCUGGACACCAACCAGGAGGAGAGAGACAAGGGGAAGACGGUGGAGGUGGGGAGAGCCUACUUUGAGACAGAGAAAAAGCACUUUACUAUCCUGGACGCCCCCGGCCACAAAAGCUUUGUCCCCAACAUGAUCGGUGGGGCGUCACAGGCUGACCUGGCAGUGCUGGUGAUCUCGGCCAGAAAAGGAGAGUUUGAGACAGGCUUUGAGAAGGGAGGUCAGACGCGGGAGCACGCCAUGCUGGCCAAGACGGCUGGAGUCAAACACCUCAUCGUCCUCGUCAACAAGAUGGACGACCCCACUGUCAACUGGAGCUUGGAAAGGUAUGAGGAAUGUAAAGAGAAGUUGGUGCCAUUUCUGAAGAAGGUGGGCUUCAACCCAAAGAAGGACAUCUACUUCAUGCCUUGCUCUGGGCUGACGGGAGCCAACCUAAAGGAGCCCAUAGAGGAGUGCACAUGGUACACGGGUUUGCCAUUCAUCCCACAUCUGGACAGCCUGCCAAGCUUCAACAGAAUCACAGAUGGCCCUGUCAGAUUACCCAUCGUAGACAAAUACAAGGAUAUGGGCACUGUGAUCCUGGGGAAGCUGGAAUCUGGGUUCAUUGCCAAAGCCCAGCAGCUGGUCAUGAUGCCUAACAGGCACACAGUGGAGGUGCUGAGCCUGCUGUCUGACGAGGUGGAGACAGAUGAAGCUGUUCCUGGAGAGAACCUGAAGCUAAGGCUGAAGGGCAUCGAGGAGGAGGAGAUCCUGCCUGGCUUCAUCCUCUGUAAUGCUGAGAACCUCUGCCACUCCGGACGCACUUUUGAUGCUCAGAUUGUCAUCAUUGAGCAUAAAUCCAUCAUCUGCCCAGGUUACAACGCAGUCCUACACAUCCACACCUGUAUUGAAGAAGUACAAAUCACAGCCUUAAUCUGUCUAGUGGACAAGAAGACCGGUGAGAAGAGCAAGACGCGACCUCGCUUUGUCAAACAGGACCAGGUGUGCAUCGCCCGGCUACGUUGUGCUGGAACCAUCUGCCUCGAGACCUUCAAAGACUUCCCACAGAUGGGGAGGUUCACCCUACGAGAUGAAGGCAAAACCAUUGCUAUUGGCAAAGUGCUGAAGCUGGUACCAGAGAAGGACUAAUGUGAAGCAGCAUGGAAUCCUGGGACAGUUGUCAUGAAAGAGGAGGAAGCUGCUGACGCCUACCUAGCCAGCCACCCCCUCUUACAUACCACACUAUCUGUUGAAGAUGAGGAGGAGAACAAAUCAUGUUUGAAAAUAAAGAAGAAACUUUAAAAAGUGACUGAAUCAGUUUUUAUGAUGAACAAUGUUAAUGAAAGACAAGUCCAGUGUGUCAGCUUUCUCAUAUUGAGAGCUCAGCUAUGCCACUAAUGUAGCCACUACCCUUUCCCAGGCCAAUCUCACUCUGUGCUGGUCCACCUUUUGUUUUGGAAAUGGGAAUGUAUGCGUUGUUACUUCGUUUGGAAAGGAAGGGACUAGCGUUGCAUCCGGUUGCAUCACGUUUGGACCAUAAUUAGCUUGUUAUACGCAUUCAAAUCCAAAAUAUUAUACCAAAAUGGUAAUAUUUUGGUUGUAGGUAUCGCCAUACCAAAAUCCUAAUCUGGUAUGUUCACACGCACACAAUCAAACAAACAUGGUUCCUGUUGUGAACGUGUGUUGUCAUGUUACCAAUCAACAACAAUGAAAAUAAAGUAUCAAACUGAGAGAAAAAAAAUUAAA